AUGGUCCUCGAGGACAAGCGAUCAAUGAACAUAGAUAUUGAUAUCAAUGACAUUGAGUUGAUGAGGUUGGUGCAGGUGAGCCUAAAACACAUGAUCAGUGCAGAGUAUCAACAUAUUCCUAAUUGCCUUGUAAAUGUGGAUCACGACAUGACUAGUAGCAUCAAGGAUCAACUGAGCUCAUGCUUCGAGAUUAUUGAUGAGGCGGCAUUGUGCAAUCACAACAAAGGACGGAUCAUUAGUGUAGGUCCUGAGUCGACCAUGAUCUAUACUCCAUCAAACAAUGUUUGGUCGAUCAUCGAUGAGACUAAAUUGAUUCUCUUAGAGGCCCUGAAUUCCACGUACGCUCGUGGCAACAUCUACUCAUUUGGAGGCCCAGGGGAUGGUCCGUCCACGUUCAUCAGGUUCUCAUUGGCUGAUGGUAAAUGGCAUGGCGAUAAACAACAAGAUAUACUACGUUACACAGGCAGGCUUAUCGACAUGUUCAAUUAUCUGGGCAACCUGUCAAGGGCCAACGACGAGGAGAGUUGUCCCAUCGAUCGCUUCAACUUGGCCACAUUGGAAUUCGAAGAGAGUACAAAGCUCUCGUGGACGGUGCCCUCAUGUUGUUUUGACGGUAAGAACCUGUUAUACUUGUUAUCGACCGGUGGUAUGUUCCGUAGUGUAUCGUUGGCCACCAGACGAGAGACUGAGCUGGCAUCGGUACCAAUUGAAAAGGUGCUCACCAACAAUCUGUGCUAUGGACCACAACAUCAAACCAUCUACCUAUUCCAAGGAAGGAAACAAAACUACCGAAACUCAAUCAAACAUAAUGUUUGGACCAAGUUGGAUGACAAAGAUCCAAUUAAAUCACGUAAUCAUCAUGGCAUUGGUGUUGUGUUGGAUGAUCAAAUUUAA